UAGAAAAUGAAUUUGAAUAUUUUCUUACUUGAUAAUUCACAAUAAAAAUUCACUACAAUAGUAAGUAAGUACUGACAGCAAGCUACUGACAGUCAGUUGGUUGUUUUGGAUGAAAAGUAAAGCACAUUAAGCUAAAUAAUAGUAAAUAAGAGUUAAAAUGAUAUUAAAUAGUGUAAAGAAAAUAGUGAUAACAGUGCUUGAUCAUGGAUUUUUGUAUUUUAUUAUAACUCCACUAAUUGUGAUACUCUGGUUCUCAUGUUGGAGUAUUAUGGAUUAUCUACUUACUGACUGCCAUAAUACAUCAGUUCUUGUGGCGUUUGGUGGACAAUUUUUAUUGCUGUUCUUUUACGAUGAAACUAAAAUGCUGUUAAAUAUGGAUAAUAAAAUAAUUUCAACUUUAGUUCCUCCAAUUUAUGGAAUAAUCUGCGGGAUCGUAAUGAUUUGUUUCUGGAGAUUUUCCUGGAUCUUUUUUGAUGAGAUUGUUAUGAAUGAUGAUACAUCCCUUGUUUUAAAUAUUGUACAAAACUCGCUAAUUUUAAUGGGCUUCAAAGUGUUUGUCAAUACAAUAUCAGUUCCUUUUAUUGCACGAUUCAACCCAAAUGAACCGAUGCCGCAAAGUAUAACGUACUUUGGAAAGAGUAAAGUCGAUGGGAUCUUUACGUUCGUCCAUGACUGCAUAUGCACAAUACUAAUAACUGGAUUAAUUGUGUUCAUUUGGCGUGAUUUGUGGAUGAUUGCAAAUUUGAAAAUCUAUCCAUACAAUGACUAUUAUUCAACAAUAGCUUCUUUGCUGAUUGGAUAUACUGUUGCUAUUAUAUGUUUCCUGAUUCAUCCAACAAUCAACUUUUUGUGCGAAAUGUUCAUUGAUUUUAAAGUGCUGUAUCGCAACAUUCAUGCUGGCUUUUGUCUAGUUGCCACAAUCAAUAUAUGGAGAGGCUACUGGAUGCUAUUCACAUUUUUAGCCAAUGGAAGCAUUUACAUUACCUCUACACUAUGUCUUUCAUCAUUGGCAUUAUUGAUUAUAAUGGGAAAUUCAGAUUGUUUGGCUUUUGCAGCACUUCUAACCGAUGGAAAUCGUAUCAGAUUUCAGCAUCACUACAUAUCAAGUCUUUUAAGUCCUAUAACAAUAACAGCUUCAAAUAGCACUCCUGAAAAUACAAAGGAACCUAACGUGUGAUACAGUUCGACAGCAUAAACUUUCUAGAUUAUCUCGAACACAUAGUUAUUACUUUGCAUCAACAGCAUUGUGGACAUAAUUUAAAUGUGUCCAAAAUUAAUUAAUGUGCUAUAAGACAAAGCAAUUGAAAAGGCUAAAAGCAACAGAUCGUGAUUUUUAAAGUUUUAAAUAAUAUUUAACAAAUCCUCAAUUUUAACUUAUUUUUUAAUGUCCGAGACAAAAGAAAGAAAGAUUUUAAACCAUUAAAUGUGCCUCAAAAUGUAGAUUAAGAUUCUUUUUAAAAUAAUUAUUCAUACACUAGUUAUAAAUUUUAAUAAAUCACGUCCAUAACUACUAUAUUUGAAGACAC